AUGACAGGAGAACAUAAACGAAGUUCCCUCAUUAAGAGGAUCACAAACGAAACCAAAAUACAAAUAGCUCUCAGUCUCGACGGUGGACCUGUGAGUCUGGCUCAAUCACUUUUCAAAGAUAAGGACUAUUCUGCAGAACAUGCAGCCCAGGCAACAUCAUCCCAGUUCAUCUCUGUGAACACAGGAAUAGGAUUCCUGGACCAUAUGUUACACGCACUUGCUAAGCACGGCGGCUGGUCUGUCAUUAUCGAAUGUGUAGGUGAUUUGCACAUUGAUGACCAUCAUUCAGCAGAAGAUACUGGAAUCGCAUUGGGGAUGGCAUUCAAAGAAGCCUUGGGCCAUGUUCGUGGUAUCAAAAGAUUCGGGUCCGGAUUUGCUCCACUAGACGAAGCUCUCAGUCGGGCUGUUAUUGAUAUGUCUAACAGGCCCUAUGCUGUUGUCGAUCUGGGUUUGAAAAGAGAGAAGAUUGGAGACCUAUCGUGUGAGAUGAUUCCCCAUGUUUUGGAAAGUUUUGCCCAAGGAGCCCAUGUAACCAUGCACGUAGAUUGUUUGCGAGGUUUCAACGACCAUCAUCGUGCCGAGAGUGCAUUCAAAGCUUUGGCUAUAGCUAUCAAAGAGGCCAUUUCAAGCAACGGCACGGACGACAUUCCAAGUACGAAGGGUGUUCUUUUCUGA